AUGGCACCCAAAGGCAAGAAGGGCAAGAAAGGCAACGACGACUGGGACGAGGGUCUCGGCGAGAGCGUCGACCCCAUCAAGCAGGCGGAAGAGGAAGCCAAAGCCGCCGACGCCGCCAAGGAUGCCGAGGAGGAUGAAGGCGCCGGGGGCAGUGGCGGCUUGAUGGCCGCGCUGCGAAAGAAUAAGGAGAAGCGCAAAAAGAAGGGCAAGGCUGUUGAGAAUGACUUUGUGGACGGGGAGGAUCCCACGCAGGAUGGUGCGGCCGAGCCGGAGCCGGUCGUGGAUUUGGCGGCUAAGGCGCCGGAGGAGGCGACGAUGGAGGAUGAGUUUGACGAUGUGCCGGUGAAGGGGAAGAAGGGGAAGAAGGGUGGGAAGCCGCAGCAGGACGAGCCUGCGGUAGACGGCGACGAGGACACGGGUCGGGUGAAGACCAAGGCGGAGAAAGAACGUGAGAAGAAGGAGCGCGAGAAGCAGCGGAAGAAGGAGCAGGCCGCGUCGAAGAAGAAGACGGGACCCGCUCAGAAGCAGGACGAGCCACAGGUUGUUGAAGCUGUACCUGAAGUUGCUGCGCCGGAGCCUGCAGCAGGCAAGAAGAAGAAGCUCAACCCAGCGCUCGCGGCGAUCCAGAAGCAGCAAGAGGAGCUCAAGCGCCGCCAAGAUGAAGAGGCGCGGGCAGAGGCCGAAGAGAAGGCUCGCGAGGAGGAGGCGCGUCGCAAGGCGGAAGAGGAAGAACGACGUGCUGCCGAGCAAAAGGCGGCGAAGAAAGCGAAAGAAAAGGCUAAGAUCGAGCAGCAGAAGCGCGAGGGUACGUACAAGACAGAGAAGCAACGUCAAGCUGAAGCGCAGGCGAAACUGCGGCUGAAACAGAUGAUCGAGUCGGGUGCCGUGGUUGCGGGGAUGAGCGAGGCGACUGCGCAGGAUGGCGAGGACACGGCGAAGAAGAGUCGAAAGGAUGAUCGCAAGAAGAAGGAUCCCAGGAAGGAGGCUGCGGAGCGCAAGGCGCAGCAGGAGCGUGAGGAGGAGGAGGCGCGAAGGCAGAUGGAGGACUUGAAGUUGAGGGAGGAGCAGGAGAGGUUGGCUGCGGAGGAGGCGGAGAAGGCGAGGGUGGCGGCUGAGGCUAAGAAGGUGGAGGAUGACGACGAUGAUGAGAUGGAGGAUUGGGAGGCUAUUGCCGAGAAGGAAGAGGGUGACGUUAAGGAGAGCUGGGAGGAAGACGAGGAUGAGGAGGAUGGAGAGGAAGGUGUGGUGUCGAGCAAGGCGCCCAAUGGCAAGCCUGUUCAGCCAGGCGCUACUGGUGCAAAGGCUAAGAUUGUUGAUAGCAAGCCGGCUGAGGAUGAGGACGAUAGUGAGGAUGAAUCGGAAGAUGAGUCCUCCGACGAAGAAGAGGCCAGACAGACGGUGGCCGAGAGGCAGGUCGCGCUGCGGAAACAACAAGCGUCCGAGAAGCGCAAAGCGGAGCUCGAAGCUGCUCGGAAUGCCGCCUCAAGCGACAACCUGCGCUCCCCCAUCUGCUGUAUCCUCGGUCACGUCGAUACGGGUAAGACGAAGUUGCUCGACAAGAUCCGUCAAACGAACGUUCAAGAAGGCGAAGCGGGCGGUAUCACGCAGCAGAUCGGCGCCACUUACUUCCCCGUCGAAGCGUUGCAGAAGAAGACGCAAGUCGUCAACCAAGACGGCGCCUUUGAAUUCAAGGUCCCAGGCCUCCUCGUCAUCGAUACGCCUGGCCACGAGUCCUUCACCAACCUCCGCAGUCGCGGUUCGUCACUUUGCAACAUUGCUAUCUUGGUGGUCGACAUCAUGCACGGUCUUGAGCCGCAAACGCUCGAAUCCAUGCGUCUGCUCCGCGAGCGCAAGACGCCCUUCAUCGUCGCUUUGAACAAGAUCGACCGUCUCUACGGCUGGAAACCCAUCGCCAACAACGGCUUCCGCGAGUCGCUUGGUUUGCAAAACAAGGGCGUGCAGAACGAGUUCCGUGACCGCCUGGAGAAGACGAAGCUGGCGUUCAGCGAGCAAGGGUUCAAUGCUGAGCUGUUCUACGAGAACAAGAGUAUGGCCAAAUUCGUCUCGCUCGUGCCCACUUCCGCGCAUACGGGAGAGGGUAUCCCGGAUAUGCUUAAGUUGCUUGUCACGCUUACGCAGGAGCGCAUGACGAAGCAGUUGAUGUACCUUUCCGAGGUCGAGUGUACCGUGUUGGAAGUUAAAGUUAUUGAGGGUCUGGGUACGACGAUCGACGUCGUGCUCAGCAAUGGUGUCAUGCACGAAGGCGACACGAUCGUACUCUGCGGUACCGACGGGCCCAUCACCACGCAAGUCCGCGCCCUCCUCACCCCCGCCGAGAUGAAGGAGCUCCGCGUCAAGUCGGUAUACGUCCACAACAAGACGGUCAAAGCAGCACUCGGCGUGAAGAUCACCGCCAACGGCCUCGACAACGCCAUCGCCGGCUCCCGCCUCCUCGUCGCCAAGAACAAGGACGACGAAGACGAGAUCGAAGAGCUCGAAGAAGACGUCAUGGGCGACCUGGAGAACCUCAUGUCCCGCAUCUCCAAAACGGGCCGCGGCGUCACCGUCCAAGCCUCCACCCUCGGCUCCCUCGAAGCCCUGCUCGAAUUCCUCCGCACCAGCAAAAUCCCAGUGAGCAACAUCUCCAUCGGCCCCGUGCACAAGCGCGACGUCAUCACCGCGUCGACGAUGCUGGAGAAAGCGAAGGAGUACGCCGUCAUGCUGUGCUUCGACGUGAAAGUCGACCGCGACGCGCAGGAAUUGGCGGAUCAGAUGGGGGUGAAGAUCUUCACGGCGGAGAUUAUCUACCAUUUGUUCGAUGAGUUUACGAAGCACAUGAAGGCGCUGCAGGAGCAGAAGAAGGAGGAGAGCAAGAUGUUGGCCGUUUUCCCGUGCGUGUUGAGGCCCGUGGCGGUGUUCAACAAGAAGGAUCCGAUUGUGAUCGGGGUGGAUGUGGUGGAUGGGAAUUUGAGGCUGAAUACCCCCGUGGCGGCGGUGAAGAUGAAUCCGGUGACGAAUGUGAAGGAUAUCAUUUCCUUGGGGAGAGUAUCCUCAAUCGAACGCGACCACAAGCAAAUCCCGCUGUGCAAGAAGGGCCAACCCUCCGUGGCGAUCAAGAUCGAGGGCGCGAACCAGCCCAUGUACGGCCGGCAGCUGGAGGAGAAGGAUAUGCUGUACAGCCAUAUCUCCCGCGCCUCCAUUGAUUGUCUCAAGGAGUUUUACCGGGAUGAGGUGGACAAGGAUGAGUGGGCGUUGAUCGCGAAGCAUUUGAAGGGGUUGUUUGAUAUACAGUAG